ACAAGGUCAUGUAUUAACUCAGUGAAACACUAACACAAAUAAUGUGUUAUGAUUAGACAGAAAAUUGCUUCCUACUUGGGCAACGGAACUCUAAUAUUAGUUCAAUAUGAUUCGGCAUUAAAUUGGUCCGGCUUAGUGAUCAUCCAAACAUCGUGUUGAAAGGUCGCCUAACAUGUUCGCAAAUAAAGUGGUACUUGUAACUGGCGGUAGCUCCGGUAUCGGUGCAGCUGCUGUGAAAUUAUUUGCUAAAGAGGGCGCUUCUGUGGCCUUCGUGGGAAGAAACGAAGCCAAGCUGAAGGAAGUAGCAAGCAGUUGCCAGCAGCACGGAGCCAACGUCCUGGUCAUCAGAGCAGACGUCUCCAAAGACGAGGAAGCGAACACCAUCGUACAACAAACUGUAGACAAGUUCGGGAAACUCGAUGUACUCGUCAACAACGCUGGAAUAGUGCGGCAUGCGAGUAUAUUGGAAGCUAAUUUGCUGAAGAAAUUCGAUGAAGUCAUGAAUACGAAUUUGCGUUCAGUCGUUCAUCUUACUAACUUGGCUGCACCACAUCUGGUGAAAACUAAGGGUAACAUAGUGAAUGUAUCUAGCGUGGUGUCUACAUCUACGAAAUUUCCAGGGAUCAUGUGUUACAGUGUUUCCAAAGCUGGUUUGGACCAUUUUACAAGAGCUGCAGCAUUGGAGUUAGCUCGUUCUGGAGUAAGAGUGAAUGCUGUGAAUCCUGGACCUGUUGAAACAGACAUUAUAUCAAAUUCUGGUUUGUCUGAAGAACAAGUUCGCAAUGCAAAUCCUGCGGCUAUGACUGUUACGGGCAGAUCCUCAGACGCUGAUGAGAUUGGUGAUCUGAUUCUGUAUCUGGCCAGUGACAAGGCUAGGAGUGUCACAGGAUCCUGCUUUGUUAUUGAUAAUGGAUAUUUGUUAAAGUGAGAAAUAAAACUACAAUUUAUCAUUGUGCAUAUGCCAGUAGACCACCUUUUUUCAAUGGAUUUUCGAUCUUAUGUCAAAAUCAUAAAGUAGAUAAUUUAUUAACAAAGACAGAUUGAGUUGGUUAAAGCAUGUGAAGUAUAAUAUGAUUUCAUUUUAUAAAAUCUUUAUAUGGUUGGAAUUACUAUAACAUUGUUAGUGUUACUUGGACUUUAGCAUCCAUCUUUGUAUGUAUAAAAACAUUGUUGAUCUGAUUUAUGAUGUCAUGGUGGGUAUUUGCAAAACUACUGUUAACUAUUUAAUGUAGUUAUGAAGUUAAACAUUGUUGUUAUUACUGUAUUUUUUCCUUAUCUUUAUUAUAAAGAAAUUUCAACUUCGA